AUGGCCAUCGCUGGCGCCCAACGUAAGCAGGUGCUCAAGGUGUUGAUGCUUUCAUUGUUGAUAGAUCUGAUCUCCUUUACAUUUAUUCUGCCUCUGUUCCCCUCAUUACUCUCGUUCUAUCGCGCCCAAGAUCCAUCCCCGAAUUCCCUUCUCAACCGCAUCUUCCACUAUCUAAACGCCUACAAGAACGCCUUCGCCCGCCCCAUUGACUCGCGUUAUGACAUCGUCCUCCUCGGAGGAGCACUCGGCUCCCUCUUCUCUCUCCUCCAGGCAUUCGCUGCUCCAGUUAUUGGCCGCCUCUCCGACCGUUAUGGCCGUCGUCGCGCGCUCCUCAUCUCCAUGAUGGGCAAUCUGUGGAGUGUCGCGCUAUGGGUGUCAGCCCGGGACUUUCGCACUUUUCUUGCAAGCCGCAUUGUCGGCGGCUUGAGUGAGGCAAAUGUGCAAAUGGCCAAUGCCAUUGUGGCGGAUGUUACAGAUGCUGAGCAUCGUGGCUCGUCCAUGGCGUUGGUUGGAGCUUGCUUCAGCAUUGCGUUUACGUUCGGUCCGAUGCUCGGUGCGGCACUCAGCACUGUUGAUAUUGUUACCGAGAACCCAUUCAUCGUGGCUGCCAUUGUGUCCUUGGCUUUGAUCUUUAUCGAGACUACCUAUCUCUGGGCUUGUUUGCCGGAGACGCAUCCGCGGUUGACGACGCUGAAGCAUGAGGAUGAGAAGACGGAGACGAAGGCAGAUGCGUCGAGUAAGAAAGCAGAUGAGAAGAAGUCUGUCCCUACUAAACGUGUCCAUACUAACAACCCUGCUCUUCUCAACGCUCUUCAUUUUCUCUUCUUGCUUCCGUUCUCGGGUCUAGAAUUCUCUCUUCCAUUCUUGACUACCACUCUCUAUGCUGGCACAGCUACAACAGCCAGCCCCGCUGCAUUGAAUGGUCGACUUCUAUCCCUAAUGGGCUUGAUCGCUUCUCUGCUCCAGGGAACUCUCGUCCGCCGUCUUCCUCCUCUGGUCACCCUCCGCGCUGGUGUCAUCGCCUGUGCCAUCUCAUUCUUCUUCCUUGCUCAAGUCGCUUCUCCCUCGGGCUUAUAUGCAGCUGGCGCUUUGCUGGCUGUUACCAGUGCUACCGUUGUGACAGGAUUGAACAGUUUGGGCAGUUUCGAGGCACAGGAUGCGGACCGUGGCGCGGUCAUGGGUCGUCUGCGAGGAUGGGGCCAGGCUGGUAGGGCCACUGGUCCUAUCGUGUUCUGCUCUUUGUUCUGGUGGGCUGGCCGCGAGGCUGCUUAUACAGCUGGUGGUGUGGCUAUGUCUGUUGUUGCGGUUAGUGUUUUCACUUUGUUGAAAUCGCCUGCUGUGCACAAGAAGACCGAAUGA